AUAUGACUUCUCUGACUAGUGUCACUGCCUCCCACCAGUCUGAGUGGGUGUCCUUCACUGAUGAGCUGCUCCUCCCUGUUAACCCACAAGGUAGCACUAAGGACCCUCUGGAGAAAUGUUUUUCUUCCUCAGGCACCUCCUCAGAAGAGAACCACAAUGCGGAUGGAGAAUUUCAAGACCUCUCCCACACAGAGCUGGAAGAUGCAGCUGACCAACCCAAGGUGGAUUCUGCUAUGCUUGGGAACCAUGUGUGUCCCAGGGCUGAUCUGUCAUCAUCCAUCAGUGCUUGGGUUCAGUUUGAAGAUGCACCAUGGACCAGUGCUCCACAAGCAGUGUCUCCAUCAAAAGCACCCAGCUGGACUUCCCCCUCCUCCAACUCUUCUGAGAGGCAAGCCCAUGCCUCAGAGAGCAGCUGGACAACCAACUCAGAGGACACCAGCAGCCCAAGCAUUGCUCCCUCCUACACAGAUCUGCAGUCAAUUAAUACUGAGGACUUGACCAGUGGUGGAACAUCUGCAGCAGAUUCAGCUGACAAUUCCUCAUCUGUCCAGGAAGAUGAAGAGAUAGAUAUGGAGGCUGUCAACUGGCAGCUGAACAACACCUCCAUGAAUGGGCAUUCAUCUACCCCAACCACAGUUCGCUUUCCCAGCUGGGUGACUUUUGAUGACAAUGAAGUCAGUUUUUCACCGAAGAACCUUUCUCCCUUGAAAACAGACACCCCACCUGCAGAAACACAGACUCCAGAUGUUAACUUUAACCUCACUACGUCCUUUAAGAAAAGAGAACGUCCUAAAAGCACAUUGGGGGACCUCUCCAAAAUUCAAAAACUAGAUCUCUCCUCCUUAACCAAGUUGCCUUCUGUUGAAACACAAUCAUGGAGUGCUACUAAUCCCUUCCUGGAUGAAUCUCUGCAAGAUGUCCAACCCUCACCCAUCAAUCCAUUCAGCUCAUUCUUUGAGGAGCGAGAUAGGCGUUCCAAAAGCUCUUCUGUCUCCAGUGCUCCAGGCAAAAGCCAAAGAGACUCUCUCAUUAUUCUCCAUCAAGAGCCUGAUACCAUCAGUUUCCAUGAGGCAAACAAAAGUGUAUCCCAUGCAGAUGCUGUAGAGCAGCUCAAGCAACUCCAGAUUGGAGACCCAGAUCGUGUGAGCAGCCCUACCUUGCCUGAUGAUGACCCCAUGAUGCCAUAUGAUCUGGAUGCAGCCUUAUUUAAUCUGGCACCAGCUCAGCCAAAGGAUGGAUGGCCAAUGAUGCUCAGGAUCCCAGAAAAGAAGAAUAUUAUGUCAUCCAGGCAUUGGGGACCAAUAUACGUCAAACUGAGUGACAGUGGAUGUAUACAGCUUUUUUAUGAGAAAGGGCUAGAGAAACCUUUCCGGGAAUUCAAACUCGAAAUCAACCAUGAGAUUUCAGAGCGCAAACUCCAGAACUAUGACGAGAAUGGAAGGAUACACAGUGUGCGGUUGGACCGCACAACCUACAAGGAGAAAAAGAAGUAUCAGCCUAAGCCAGCCAUUACUCACACAGCAGAGAGAGAGCAAAUUAUCAAGCUUGGGACUACAAAUUAUGAAGACUUCCUUAGCUUCAUCAGUGCUGUGCAAGACACACUGAUGAACUUGUCAGCCUCAUCGACAGAUCUGAGCACAGUGGGACUAAACUAUCAAGAAGAGGAAAUCACAGUUGAUGUCAGGGAUGAGUUUCAUGGCAUCUUGGCCAAAGGAGACAGUGUAAUUCUCCAGCACAGUGUGCUGACCCAUAUCUAUGUUCUCAGCUUCCUUUCUGGCCUGGCAGAAUGUAGACUGGGCCUUAAUGAUAUCCUGAUCAAAGGGAAUGAAAUAGUUGCAAGGCAGGAUAUUAUGCCCACUACUACCACUAAGUGGAUUAAAUUAUACAACUGUCAGUUCCAUUCAUGUGUGGAUGAGGAUAUGUUUAAUAACUCCCAUAUUAUCCUGUUCAACCCCUUGGAUGCCUGCCGGUUUGAACUGAUGCGAUUCAGAACUGUCUUUGCUGAGAAAACUUUGCCUUUUACUCUGAGGACAGCUGCCAGCAUCAAUGGUGCUGAGGUGGAGGUGCAGAGCUGGCUGAUGAUGUCCACUGGGUUCUCUUCUAACCGUGACCCUUUAACUCAGGUCCCUUGUGAAAACGUGAUGAUCCGCUACCCAGUGCCAAACGAGUGGGUGAAGAACUUCCGCAGGGAGAGUGUCCUGGGGGAGAAAUCUUUGAAAGCCAAGGUGAACAAGGGGGCCACUUUUGGAUCAACCAGUCUGUCUGGUUCUGAGCCAGUAAUGAGAGUAACUUUGGGAACUGCCAAAUAUGAGCAUGCCUUUAAUUCCAUCGUAUGGAGGAUAAACCGACUGCCUGACAAAAACUCAGCUUCUGGCCAUCCUCACUGCUUCUUCUGUCACCUGGAGCUUGGCUCUGACCGGGAAGUGCCUUCCAGUUUUGUCCGCUAUGUAGAUGUGGAAUUUGACAUGCCCACCACUUCUGCGUCCAAAGCCACUGUUCGGUCCAUCUCUGUUGAGGACAAGACCGACGUGAGGAAGUGGGUCAACUAUUCAGCACACUACAGUUACAAGGUCGAAAUAGAGCAGAAAAAAAGCUUGAAUGAGGACCUGAAGGGAGAAGAUACUGCAAAUGUCAACGAAUGUGCUACGCAGUGA